AUGAAGUGGUUGGUGUCCAAGUCGGUUAACAUUACGACAGCAUUCUACACGCGAAAGGUCAAAUUCACCUCUGAGACUUUCUGUGAGAAAUUUUCGGCAAUUCUCGAUGGAUUCCCAAGGUUGCAGGAUGUUCAUCCAUUCCGUAUGACUUUCCCUUCCCUCGAAAUAGCUCUAUUUGGCCCCCGUCAAAUGAGUGUUUUCAUUGGAAAUAAGGAUCUUUUAAACACACUAUAUGAUGCCGACCAUUUCAGAAUUGCGCUUGGCCAACUGUCGACUGCCAAACGCCUUGUUGAGACCGUUGCUCGAGAUUACGUACGCCUGCUUAAAUAUGCACAAUCUCUUUUCCAGUGCAAACAGCUGAAAAGAGCCGCUCUUGGUCGUAUGGCGACUAUUUGCAAGCGUCUGAAAGACCCACUACUCUACCUCGAACAAGUUCGUCAGCAUCUCGGUCGUCUUCCAGCCAUCGAUCCUAACACCCGAACUCUCCUUAUCUGCGGAUAUCCAAACGUCGGUAAAUCCAGUUUCUUGAGAAGUGUCACCAAGGCAGAUGUAGACGUUCAGCCAUACGCUUUCACUACCAAGAGCUUGUUCGUUGGACAUUUCGAUUACAAAUAUCUUCGUUUCCAGGCCAUCGACACCCCGGGAAUCCUUGAUCAUCCUCUUGAAGAAAUGAACACUAUCGAAAUGCAGUCGAUUACAGCUAUUGCGCAUUUGAGAUCUGCCAUUUUGUACUUCAUGGAUCUUUCAGAACAGUGUGGAUACUCCGUUGUCGACCAGAUUAAGCUGUUCAACAGCAUCAAGCCUCUUUUCUCGAAUAAGCUUGUUUUCAUCGUCAUCAAUAAAAUUGAUGUCAUGCGUCCUGAAGAUCUUGAUCCAGAGACCCAGGAACAGCUACAGGCUCUUCUGAAAUCAUCCGGUGUGGAGAUGUUGCAACUUUCAUGCGCCACAACAGAGGGAGUCACUGCUGUGAAAAACGCAGCUUGCGAUAGGCUUAUUGCGGAACGAGUUGCUCAGAAGUUGAACACUGGCGCAAACAGCUCAGGGACUCCCACAGGACGCUUGGGUGAUGUUUUGGCUCGUAUUCACGUCGCUCAGCCCAUUGGUGGUGUUCGCGAGACCUUCAUCCCUGAAGCUGUCAAGAACCUCAAGAAAUACGAUAAAAAUGAUCCAAACAGACGUAAACUCGCAAGAGAUAUUGAGGAAGAAAAUGGAGGUGCUGGUGUUUAUAGCUUCGAUAUGAAGGAAAGCUACCUUCUCGCCAACGAUGAGUGGAAACAUGACAAGAUGCCUGAAUUAUGGGAAGGAAAGAAUAUUUAUGAUUUUGUUGAUCCCGACAUUGAAGAAAAGCUGGCACAGUUAGAAGAGGAGGAAGAGAAACUAGAGGCAGAGGGAUACUAUGACUCCGACGAGUCCGUGGAAGAUGCCGACGAGGCUGAAAUUCGCAUGAAAGCGGACCUGAUCAGGGAGAAACGAGCAUUGAUCAUGAAUGAGUCGAAGUUGAGGAAAUCUCUUAAGAAUCGCGCACUCAUCCCACGAAGCUCACGGAGCAAGAAGCUCUCAGAUAUGGAGAAGCAUCUUGACUCGAUUGGAUACGAUGCAACCGCUUCCUCCGCCCGUGCCAAAGCCCAACCAGAAUCCCGUGGCCGCACUGCGACCAGAGAUGAAGCCGAUGCCAUGGACCUUGAUACCCCAGAGACACAGCACGAUGCGCUCCGACGCGCUGUUAGCCGCGCACGAAGCCAAGCAGCUACCAACCGCCGUGUGGAUGGUGUUACUAGCUUGACAAGCAGGUCUAAUGCGGAGAAACUCAUGAAGCUCGGCCAGAAGCAAAUGAACCGUAUGGCCAGACAGGGUGAAGCUGACAGACAUACUCCUGCUUCUCUACCCAAGCACUUGGUAUGUGUUCUUUCUCGUUUCUAUUACUUUAAACAUCUCUAA